CGGGGGCUGCGGCCUCCGGCCUCGGCCCCCGCCCGGGCCACUGCGGAGCCGCGUCCUUGGCGGGAGGGAGGCCUGGGGGGCCGCUGUUUCCUCGCGUCCGUGGACCGGCGAGGAAGGACAUUACCGGCGCCGCCUCCCACCCCUCAGUAUGAGGGAGGAGGGCAGCUGGCUGCCCCCCCUUCCAUCUCGGUAUCCAAACGGAAGCGCCAGCCUGGGGUGGCAGGAGGGCUGUGGCAGAGGCCGGCCGGGUUUAGGAGGUGGGGGCGAGUGUGGUUUUGUGUCAUCUCAGUGCCACCCCCGCGUCUUGCACCUGCUGCUCGCAUGGUCUGCGCGCCCGCUGGGGUGGCGGAGGGCAAGGGGCAGAGAGCUGGGCAGAUGGGCCAGGGGGGCCUGGAUACUGUUUCCUCGGGAGCAGAUGACGGGGUGGCUACUCCUAGGACUCCCUGCCCCGGGUUCCAAGGCUCCUCGCAGGGCCUGGUGUUCAGGGCCACCACGAGCCUGGGCAUCUUCCCCCGAGGCGUCCCCAGGCCUGGUGACUGGGAGCAACGAGACAGCUUUUACUGGGUUCCAGUAAGGCCUACUUGGAAGGUGGGUUUGGCGUUACCCUAGCCUGGGCACAGACCCCUCCCCAUCCCCUAGCCCAGUCUGGCCAGAAAUGGGUAGGGAGCAGUGCCGAGGGGUGCCUAGAUUCCUGGGAUCCACCUGGCUUCCUGGCCUGCCUCUUGGCUAUAUUUACCAUGGUGUUUCCCUUCUCCUUCCCAGCAGAGUCAGGUCCAGGCUGAUGUAAACCCCCCCCCCCCCACCUACUGAGGAAGUGAGGAUCAGUGACCCAGAGAGGCUGCUCCGUUCUGAUGUGGGAGGACACUGCCAGUGAUGGGGCUCAGCAGCUGGCCUGGGGAAAGGAAAGCCCUGGCCCUUGACCGGCUUCUUUUUAGAAAAGGCGCCAUCUCCCUGGGAGACCUCUGGGCAGGCUUGGGGGAGGGUGGGGUUGUCUGUGAACCUCUGGGCACAAAAUAAGUGUGAGAGUGUGGGGUGCUGUUUUGUGGGCCCGUAACUUGCAGCCACCCUUUGGACAGGACCAGGACCCCAACAGGGAACUGUGGGUGCCUGGCAGAGGCACGGUGAUCUGGGUGGUUUUGACCCUGAGGCCUCCUCUCAGGGCAUGUCAUGGUCUAGAGGACCUUGAAGAAACUAUCUGGGGGGGGGGGCGAGGGGAGGAGAGAAGGGGUGUCCCUACCCCUGAUUAGUUAGAAACUCUCUCCUUACCCCAGCUGCAGGCAGGUCUGGGGAUGGACGGGCUGGGAGGAGAGCUUGCCUUCUGUCUGUCUGUCCGAGGCUGUUCUGCACCUCUGCUGGGCAGACGUAGCAGUGGGGGAGGGCAGGUAGGACUGGGAGGGGGUUGCUUAGUAAACACUUUAUCAGGGAAGCCUGGAUUUUGGUGUUGUCUUUGUUUCCAGAUUACUCUGUGACUCAUGGCAAGACUUUCCUCACUCUGGGUCUCAGUUUCCUCAACUCUGAGGCAAAGAAGUUGGAGUAGAAAUGGUUUUUGAGGACUGUUCCACCUCCAAGUCUGUGGUCCUGAUUCUGGGCCAGGGGGACACUGGGCAGCAUUAGCAAGGCAGUUGUCCUUUCUCUGCUGCAUUUGACUGUUUGGCUGGAAGCCUCUGGAUGUCCAGUGGGCAUGGGCAGGAGUGGUGUGUAUCUGUUGUGUUGGGGUGCCCAGCUCCCACCCCCAGUCCUCAUCCCACAGAGCCAUUUGUGUCCCCCUGGAAUCUCCUUUUCCCCUGAUCCAGAAUACAGAUCAGGAAGAGGCAGGUGGUGAGGUCAGGAUGGUGGGGCGUGCAGGGUGCUGAUGAAGUCUUGCUCAUCCCCCCACCCCGGCACCUAGCAUGGUGUCUGGCACAUCGCAGGCAUUCUUCAAGUGUCUGGAUGCUUCUCAGGACCCCAGCUGACUCUUUGGGGCUACCCCACACCCCGACCCUAUGAUGCAUGGCGUGGCAUUUUCAGUUUGGGACCUGUAGCAGCCCAGACCCCGGCUGGGCCUCCAUCAGCAGGGGUGUGCUGGUGUGUGACGAGUGCUGCAGUGUGCACCGGAGCCUGGGACGCCACAUCUCCAUCGUCAAGCACCUUCGCCACAGCGCCUGGCCCCCCACUCUGCUGCAGAUGGUGCACACACUCGCCAGCAACGGGGCCAACUCCAUCUGGGAGCAUUCCCUGCUGGACCCCGCGCAGGUGCAGAGCGGCCGGCGCAAAGCCAACCCCCAAGACAAAGUCCACCCCAUCAAGUCAGAGUUCAUCAGAGCCAAGUACCAGAUGCUGGCUUUUGUGCACAAGCUGCCCUGCCGGGACGACGACGGAGUCACCGCCAAGGACCUCAGCAAGCAACUCCACUCGAGCGUGCGGACGGGAAACCUGGAGACGUGCCUGCGCCUGCUGUCCCUGGGUGCCCAGGCCAACUUCUUCCACCCAGAGAAGGGCACCACACCGCUGCAUGUGGCUGCCAAGGCAGGGCAGACGCUGCAGGCCGAGCUUCUCGUAGUGUACGGGGCUGACCCUGGCUCCCCUGAUGUUAACGGCCGCACACCCAUUGACUAUGCCAGGCAGGCGGGGCACCAUGAGCUGGCGGAAAGGCUAGUCGAGUGCCAGUAUGAGCUCACUGACCGGUUGGCCUUCUACCUCUGUGGACGCAAGCCGGAUCACAGGAAUGGGCAUUACAUCAUCCCACAGAUGGCAGACAGCCUAGACCUGUCCGAGUUGGCCAAAGCUGCCAAGAAGAAGCUGCAGGCGCUCAGCAACCGGCUUUUUGAGGAACUUGCCAUGGACGUGUAUGACGAGGUGGAUCGAAGAGAAAAUGACGCUGUGUGGCUGGCAACCCAAAACCACAGCACCCUGGUGACGGAGCGCAGUGCCGUACCCUUCCUGCCCGUUAACCCUGAAUACUCAGCCACGCGGAAUCAGGGGCGACAGAAGUUGGCCCGCUUUAAUGCCCGAGAGUUUGCCACCUUGAUCAUCGACAUUCUCAGUGAGGCCAAGCGGAGACAGCAGGGCAAGAGCCUGAGCAGCCCCACAGACAACCUCGAGCUGUCUGUGCGGAGCCAGAGUGACCUGGACGACCAGCACGACUACGACAGCGUGGCCUCGGACGAGGACACAGACCAGGAGCCCCUGCGCAGCGCCGGUGCCACUCGGAACAACCGUGCUCGGAGCAUGGACUCCUCAGACCUGUCGGAUGGGGCCGUGACGCUGCAGGAGUACCUGGAGCUCAAGAAGGCCCUGGCUGCCUCCGAGGCAAAGGUGCAGCAGCUCAUGAAAGUCAACAGCAGCUUGAGUGAUGAGCUCCGGAGGCUGCAGCGGGAGAUCCACAAGCUGCAGGCCGAGAACUUGCAGAUCCGGCAGCCGCCAGGGCCAGUGCCCACAGCCCCACUCCCCAGCGAACGAGCGGAGCACGCGCCCAUGGGGCCUGGCGGGAGCACCCACCGCAGAGACCGCCAGGCCUUCUCCAUGUAUGAACCGGGCUCUGCCCUGAAGCCCUUUGGAGGCCCACCUGGGGAUGAACUCACCACCCGGCUCCAGCCUUUCCACAGCACCGAGCUGGAGGAUGACGCCAUCUAUUCAGUGCACGUCCCUGCUGGCCUUUACCGGGUCCGGAAGGGGGUGUCGGCCUCAGCUGUGCCCUUCACUCCCUCCUCCCCACUGCUGUCGUGCUCCCAGGAAGGAAGCCGCCACUCGAGCAAGCUUUCCCGCCAUGGUAGCGGCGCGGACAGUGACUAUGAGAACACGCAAAGUGGGGACCCGCUGCUGGGCCUGGAAGGGAAGAGGUUUCUAGAGCUGGGCAAGGAAGAGGACUUCCACCCGGAGCUGGAAAGCCUGGAUGGAGACCUCGACCCUGGGCUUCCCAGCACAGAGGAUGUCAUCCUGAAGACGGAGCAGGUCACCAAGAACAUUCAGGAAUUACUGCGGGCUGCCCAGGAAUUCAAGCAUGACAGCUUUGUGCCGUGCUCAGAAAAGAUCCACUUGGCUGUGACUGAGAUGGCCUCUCUCUUCCCAAAGAGGCCAGCCCUGGAGCCAGUGCGCAGCUCCCUGCGGCUGCUCAACGCCAGCGCCUACCGGCUGCAGAGCGAGUGCCGGAAGACGGUGCCCCCGGAGCCCGGCGCCCCUGUGGACUUCCAGCUGCUGACUCAGCAGGUGAUCCAGUGCGCCUACGACAUCGCCAAGGCUGCCAAGCAGCUGGUCACCAUCACCACCCGAGAGAAGAAGCAGUGACCACUCUCCCUGCACCCUCACCCGCACCCUGGGACCUCACUGGCCAUGGGAGCUGGGCCACUCCAGACACUAAUCCCCACCCCAACAGAGCCGCUGGCACAAGUGCCCUUAGUGCUGCCACUCUCACCUGGCAGCCAGGUGCCCUGGUGCCUGUCCCCCUCAAGCCCCCAAGGAUGGGGAGGUGAGGUGGCAGGAGCUUCUGUCCCCUACAUUCCAUGCACCUCUCCCUGUACAUAGCAUCCCCUCCCCCUCUAGUGUGCCGGGGCCUACAAGGCGUCACUCCCAGCCCCUUGCCCUCUAGGGCACCCUCAGCAAAGGGUCGGGGGGGGGACACUCCAAAUGGGGUGGUUCCCUUACAUGCACCCCACCCCCAUGAGCCAGUCCAGCCCUAUUGGGGGCUGAGCGGGGGCAUCCCCCCUUGUACAUAAUACCUGUGGAUGUCCCCACCCUGUAGCCACCAGCCCCCUGCUGCUCUCCUUCAAUGCCAAACGGCCCCAGCCUAGGGCACAGGCCCCAACCUGUGCUCCUGGGGUCCCCAGCAGCAAACACUGGAAAAGUCUUUUUUCUCUCUCUCCUCUCUCCCACCCCUUAAUUUUAACGUUGUGGUAACUGAGUGUCCCUGCGUGCCUGCGUGUGAGUGUGCGGGGCGGCAGUGCCGUUCCGGAGGCCUGGCCCGACUGGAGUUUUGUGAGGGGGUGAGGGGACCAGAGCAGCGGGACCCGUGUUGGGCGUUGGCCCCUCCCCCCCAUCCUGGGGCCAGGGACUGCUGGGUAACCAGCUGGGGUCCUGCCCUCUGCCUCCCCUCAUUGUUCCCCCCACUCAUACCCUUUCACUAUGAACAUAAAAGGAAAACCACUUGGCUCCAUCUCUCUUCCCCUCCCUUGUGGAGGGGGAUUGUGCUGGUUGGGGCAGAGAACUGAGCACCUGAGCCUGGGGCUGGCUCCCCGGGGUCCCUGACUCAGCUGAGAGUCCCCUCCCUGUAACCUCUGAGAGGCCAGUGCCUGCAGUAUCUGGGUCCCUGGAGCCUGGGCUGCAGCCUGGGAAGGCUGAGAGGCAGAUGGCAGCGCCCACCAGCUCCUCUCCCCGUCCCGCCUCUGUCCCCGGGGGCCAGGCUCUACCUGUGUGGUGGUGGUGGUGGUGGGCUGAGUGUCAAGAUGUGUGUCAUGUACAUUUGUAUCAAAAAUAAAUAAGUGACCAUG